AUUACACGGACAAAGAUGCCGUAUCGGGACCAACUUGCGAGCAAUCUGCCUGUACAUGCAGUGUCGACUGGCGUGACCACUGGAAAACGGAUGCUCUUCCUUGGCACACCGUAUCUUCCUCGCUCCUGGCGAUAUUUCGACAAUUUCAUGGACGGAUCUUUGACGACUGCGACUUCCGAGGGUAAGCUUGGUCCAACAUCUGAAGCUGCUGUCUACAUUAAACAGAAUCCCGAGACGACGGUCAUUCGCAUUCACAGCGAAGAAUUCUCCAAUGCUGAUGAUGUCCACCGCGUGCUGGACGAGCUCGUCAACCUCAAUGUCCGCUUUGCAGAAUGCAAAAGGGUUUACUACAAGUGCGAUGCCCCUAUCCACCCCCGGACCUUUUCGAGUAACAGUUACAAGCUUCGAGCCAGCCUCUAUUCAAGUAAGGAUAUUCUAGGCCUCGAGAACAAGGCCACUGCUGUUGCUCCUUCAUCAAGGCCGAACAAGCGCGACAGGGAGAUGGCCGACAUCUUGCCAAUGUUCAGUGAUAACAUUUCUCAGGAGCACGAUAUCCUAUUGGCGUUGCUUCAUAUUUUACAAAGGUUUCCUACAAUGACAGAGAAGCG